GCGAAGAGGAAAGACGAAUCUCCUGAGCUUCUCAGAACAUUGCAGCAGCAGAUGAAGAUGGAUCACAAACUGGUGCUCGCCACUUUAGCACUGCUGCUCAGUGUCUCACACGGCAAGCCUCUGAAGGGGGACCACAGCGGAAAAGGUCAAAGAGAAAGACGUAGCCCAGGGAUCCCUGAAGAUAAGGAUGUCUUCAGCAUCAUCUUAGAAGCCAAUAAAGGAAUCAAAGAGCAUCUGAUGGAGGGUGACAUUGUCGUGUCAAACUCCAGGAACGCCAUGAACUGCCCGGACAACUCAUGCUUUUGGCCGAAGGCCUCUGAUGGAUUUGUUUAUGUGCCUUAUACUAUCUCCAGUGAAUACAGUGCUGAAGAGAAGGACAUAAUCUCCAGUGCAUUCCCAGCCUUCGAUGUAGAGACCUGCAUUAAAUUUAAACAGCGAACUACAGAAAAAGACUACAUAAAUAUCAGUCCUCAGAAUGGCUGCUGGUCCAAUGUUGGAAAGUAUAAAGGCGUUCAGCAAGUGUCCCUGUCAAAGGGAGGCUGUGUUUACAAAGCCACGGCUCAACAUGAGCUCAUCCAUGCACUAGGCUUCUAUCACGAGCAGAGCAGACCUGACCGUGACAGCUAUGUCAGAAUCAACUGGCAGUACAUCCCAGCAGACCAAGUUUCGAACUUUUACAAGCAGGACAUUAAUACCUUGGGCAUGCCAUACGACUAUACCUCCAUCAUGCACUAUGGAAGAGAUGCUUUCUCAAAUACAACCGGAAAGUUCACUAUUGUACCCAUUCCAGAUGAAACGGUAGAAAUCGGACAGAGAAUAGCAAUGUCUCCGAGAGAUAUUCAAAAGAUCAAUAAGCUUUAUGGCUGCAAUGUCUGCAACACACUUCUGGAAGAGACCAAUGGAAGUUUUGCAUCACAGAACUACCCAAAUUCUUACCAAAGCAAUUCUGACUGUCUGUUUCAGGUUAAUCAUCCAAACAGCAAGGUUUUACUGGAGUUUGAUGCAUUUGCUCUCCAGAGCUCUGUAGGCUGUGUUUCUGACUAUAUUAAAGUUUACGAUGGCAGCACCAAGAGCUCCCCAGUCCUCCUGGAUAGAUCCUGUGGGAAUGUUGUGCCUCCUCCUCUGCUGGCCAGUGGGAGUGCCGUGCUGCUUCAGUUCGUCAGUGACAGUUCAAUUACUGCGACGGGCUUCAAAGCUUCUUACAGCACUGUGCAAUGCGGAGGCAUACUGACUGCUGUGAGUGGAACACUGACAUCUUCCAAUUAUCCACUGGAAUAUCCCGUUAAUACAGACUGCAUAUGGAUCAUCAACGCCCCUAAAGGGUACAAGGUCUCGCUUACCAUCAGUUCCUUUGAUGUGGAGUAUUCUGAGGAUUGUUCCUAUGACUAUCUCAAUCUCCGAGAUGGACCUAAGACUACCUCCCCUGUACAGCAAACCCACUGUGGCUCUGAACCCAUUCCCUCCUUCACCUCCAGUGGAAACGCUGCCGUGGUUCAGUUCCACAGCGACGGCUCAGAUGUGGGGACGGGAUUCUCAGCCAAGUACAAGUUUGUUGCAGUAUGAAUGAAGAAGUCAUCACAACAGCAGACCAGGCUUAUAAGAAGAAGAAGAAACUUUAGCAACUGAAUCACCUUCGAGUUGCACAAUUCCCAGUGAUUUUUGGGGCUUUGCUCCACUCUUGUAUUUGUAACAAUCAAUAAAAAUGCAAACAGAAA